GAGCUGCCGCUGCUGCGGGACUCUGACUAGGAACUUCUGAACAGGAUUAAUCUGCGGGCCCGUCUCCCAAUAAACAACCUGUGAACAGGACAAGACUUUGUCCCCGUCGUUGUUUUGGUUGGAUAUCGUCUUUGGGCUGAAAGGCACGCUUGUUGGACGAAGUUCAGGUGCAUUUGCUGUGAUUGAUUUUUGUCCAGAGAAUGCUUCCAAAGCUUCUAAUCACUUCCCAGUCUUCAUCUUGUUGACACCAGCCUUUGGCAUCUGAUCUCGGUGGCAAUGAUGGCAGACCGCUGCGACAUUGCAGUCGCCCCUGGUCAGCCAUACAUUGAGGUGGAGCAUGACUAUGAGUACACAUCCAAAGAUCGUGUAGUCACCAUCAAGCAUGGGGAAUGUUACCUGUUGGUGAAAAAGACCAAUGAAGACUGGUGGCAGGUACGCAAAGAGGAGAACAGCAAGCCCUUCUAUGUUCCUGCCCAGUAUGUUCGUGAGGUACGGCGGGCUCUCAUGCCACCCCCUAAACCUCUACCAAAUGCUGGUAGUGGGGUCGGGACCAGAGGAGGAUCCGUAAAGAGCCGUCCAUCUGCCCUAGAGCUCAAACAGUCUGAUGAAAAUUUAAACAAACGAUCUCCUGCCCACUCACCCUCUGCUGCAUUGCAGCCUCCCAAAGAGGACAAGUGCAGUCUAAAAAGCCCCAUCCAGCCAGGGGGGCAAGUGCCUCUAAAUGUAAAACACGGAUCUCUGCCUCGAACCCGGGCCAAGUCCCCACUGGGGCUCAGAGCACCACUAGAUUUGGAUGGAGAUAGCGAUGGGGAGGGAGACAAGGAACGGAGCAGAGAAGGAAUGCAGGAUCGAAAUGAAUACAGAACCGGUAAUGGAGAGAGAGAAAGGAAGAAAGGAGGAGAGAGAGCAGAUGAUGGAGACAAGGGAAGAAGAAGAGAAGGGGAGAAAGUGAUGGAUGGAGAUAAGAAGAGGAGAGAGGGAGAGAGAACAACAGAUGGGGGGAGAGCGAAAAAGGGAGAAGGAGAGCAGGACACAAGUGCUCCCAGAGAGGUGUUGGAGAAAAAUCUAAAUGAUUCUGAAUCCGGAGACGAGCUCAGCAGCAGUUCUACAGAGCAGCUACAGGGACGACCUGACUCACCUGUCUACACUAACCUGCAGGACUUGAAGAUCUCUCAGUCGUCUCAGCCCCCGCUGCCCUCGUCCUCCCCUCUUAACACGCACGGAGACUGGGAGACGCACAAAGAUCAGAAUGGCCGGCACUUCUACUACAACCGCGCCACCCAGGAGAGGACGUGGAAACCUCCACGGGCACGUGAAAGCAAGAAGGAGGAGAGGCACGACACUGCAAGUACAGAGACAGAGGUUUUUUCGUCGGAGGAGAACUGUCUGAGUAGCCAGUCAGAUAGCCAGUAUGGCUCUCCCCCUAGAGGCUGGUCUGAAGAGCUUGAUGAGUAUGGGCACACGCUGUAUGUGUGUGACCAUACUAAUGAGAAGUGGAUUAAGCACGUGGAUGAACUGGGUCGUCCGUAUUACUACAGUGCAGACGGCUCCAGAUCUGAGUGGGAACUUCCAAAAGUCAAUAUCAGAACACAAUCAAAUCCCUCUGCCUUGAUGCCAAAAACUGGAGAUACGUCCAAAACACGCAGCUUGGACCGGAGGCAGCCAACCCCCAUAGUGCUGGAAUGGAGGCAUAGCACAUGCACACUGGAGGCUAAUGAUAAAAUCUCUCGGCCCAAUGCUCACAAUGGCAAGGCAAAUACAUUAAAACAGAAGUCCAUCAAAAACCGGCGAAUCUUCUCACUGCGCAAAGUCUCCAUCCGCUCUCGUCCCUAUAGGCCACAAGAACCACCAAAAGCUGGCACUCCAGACUCUGACUGCUCUGACCCUUCCUCUCCCAAACACCCCCAUUCCCCGAGCUCUGAGAGAAGUGGUUUCCUGAAUGUCACCAAGAUCACUGAACAGGGCAAGAAAGUCCGGAAAAACUGGUCCUCAUCCUGGGCUGUUCUACAGGGAUCCUUACUUAUAUUUGCCAAGAACCAGGGCACAGCCACCAGCUGGUUUGGGAGCCACCAGUCAAAGCCAGACUUUAGCAUUGACCUGAGAGGAGCAACUGUAGAGAGAGCAUCCAAAGACAAAUCCAGCAAGAAACAUGUUCUAGAGGUGAAGACCCGGCAGGGUACAGAGAUUCUUAUCCAGUCAGACGUCGAAAACACAAUCAACGAAUGGUUCAAAUCACUGACGGAAGCCAUAAACACUCAUGCCUGGGAGUCUGAUGAGGCUAUUGAAGAGGACAUGCCAGAGUCUCCAGGACCAGAGAAACAUGACAAAGAAAAAGAGCACAGAGACUCCAAGAAACUCAGAGCCAUGAAGAACUCCACCAGCAUGGACUCAACGGAGCAAAAGAAGACAAAGAAACAGCUGAAGAAAUUUCUCAUACGUAGACCCACUCUACAGGCUGUUAGAGACAAGGGUUACAUCAAAGAUCAGGUGUUUGGCUGCAAUCUGAUCAGUCUUUGCCAGAGGGAGAACACGACUGUCCCUCAUUUUGUCAGGAUGUGUAUCGACCAUGUGGAGAAUCACGGUCUGAAUUUGGAUGGCCUGUACAGAGUCAGUGGAAAUCUGGCUAUCAUACAGAAGCUGAGAUUUACAGUUAAUCAUGAUGAGAAGAUAAAUUUUGAAGACAGUAAAUGGGAAGACAUCCACGUCAUCACUGGAGCACUGAAGAUGUUUUUCCGGGAGCUUCCAGAACCGCUUUUCACCCAUACACUUUUCAAUGACUUUGUUGCUGCCAUUAAAAUCCCGGACUAUAAGCAGAAAGUACAGGCCGUUAAAGACAAAGUGCAGAAGCUGCCUCGACCCAACCACGACACAAUGCAGGCACUCUUCAAACAUCUGAAAAAAGUGAUUGAGCAUGGUGAGAAGAACAGGAUGACCACGCAGAGCGUCGCAAUCGUGUUUGGUCCAACUCUUUUGCGUCCUGAGAUCGAGACAUUGAACAUGGCGGUACACAUGGUGUACCAGAACCAAAUUGUUGAGCUUGUUCUACUCGAAUAUGACACCAUGUUUGGCAGGUAAGCCACAUCCACAGCAAUCAGCUGACCAAACAUGAGGCAACAGUCACCAACGAGGAGUCUUUUCAAGAGGAUGACCUUAUCAGUAAUGCAUUGAAAACACUCCAUGCUUAUUGAUGUGUAGAUACCACAUCAAUUGGUAGAUACCAAGGAUCCAAUUAAAGCAAGCCCAACUGCUUCUGGGGGAGGAGGACCAUCAUACUUCCACCUUUUACUUUUAUUAUUUGGACUAAAUAAUUUUUGCGGACUGUUGCCCUCGAUUGGAAUUCAGAUCUUGAUGAAUAAUAGUUCUUAUUGGACUAAAUUGUCUUUUUUUUUUUUUUUUUUUUUAAACCACGUUUGGAUCAUCCACAUUCUAUAACUGGACCUACAAGGCUUUCUAUGCCAUUUUGCUUGCUAGACUGAAACUUUUGUCUUUCAGCUGAGAAUUUGAGACUUUACUUGAGAUUUUACUUGUUGAUAAGGCUUAAAUGCACCCUGGACUGGCAUUGACUUCUAUUACUGUUAUGCAGUUUACUUUAUUUUGCCAUACUAUACUCUAUAACCUGCUGUAUUUUAGAAUGAUAAACCAAUUAAUCAGUAGCUUUCAUAUCAGUAUAGUUCAUCUUGGAAUGAACCAUUACUCUGUGGCCUCUGUGGCGGUUUCUAAUGUACAUUUGAAUGUUCACACAGUUUGAGGUAAAACAGGAGAGUUGACCACUGCUCACACUGGACUUAGUGGAUACACAAUGACAUAGUAUUUUCUCUCUUACACACAAACUGUUUCUGACUCGGCUGGGUUUGUCUUAAAUUUCAAACACCAGUUUUACAGGACCCUUCAGUAUGUUACAGAUGUAUUGUAUGUGUGUAUGUACAAUAUUGGAUAAAAGUCAGAGACCACCCUUCAUUUAUAUCAUUUCCAGUUCAAAUGGCCAUUUUCAGGUUAUUUAUUUUUCAGCUUCAGGAAUAAAGCUGAAGAGAUAAUUGUCCACACCUCCAAAGUUCAAUCUUAGAAGCUGGUUGUGUUUUCUGCUUAUCAAAAUCCCAGUAAUCCCAAACACACCACAGUGCUCUGGGGUGGUCAGCCCAUUGUUCUGAAAACACCAGGAGCAUCUUUGGUUGCAAGUUUUUAAAUUCCUUUGCUCAGUAAGAGCUGCACAUCCUUUCAGACUCAGUUGUUUUCACAGAGUAGAAGGAUGGAUAGAAACGCUUGUGGAUUUUUUCAGAUCUGGAGCAAGAGUGAAGCUGCUUCUCUCUCAGAGAUGAAAGCUUUAAGUACUGUUUAUCUGAUGGUGACAGAUUUGGUGGUCUAGGCUUCUCUCUGUAUCGUUUAAUCAUUUUUUGAGCUCGUGUUUUAGAAACAUUGUUUUUUUUCACACAUUUUCUUUGACUUUCUCCUUCUUUAUGCAACUGGACUACAUUAUAUCUCAUCUCUCCAGAAGUGUAACGUGUGCUUAACAGCCUUUUUGACUGAAAAUUAAUAAAUGAAGGAUGAUCUCUGAUAUUUACACAAUAUUGUAUGCGAAUGUAUGUGUGGUGUCUCCUGAGAAUUCACUGGACAACUAAUCCUGCUUAUUACCCCCAAAGCACUGAAUGUGCACAGAUCAAAGCAAAUCUCAGGUCCUCUUUUCAUAAAGCUACAUAUUCAUGACCGAGCCAAGCACUGAAAACUCUGUACAGAUCUCAGAAUAACAUGGGGACAUAACAGAGUCAAUGUAAGACAGCUGUGAAUGCGGUGUGAGCGUUUUCUGGUAGUUGAAGACUGGAAUUGUGUUGUACAGAUGCAUCUGAUGGUGUUGAGAGACUGUGGUAAGUAAGAAAUAAAACAGGGACACAAUUACUACUGAUGUAUAAACAUAAAAUAGAGACUGAUUUAUUGAAAAAAGUUAAACCUUUAAAAAAAAACUGCAAGUGGACAUUUGUUGAAUGUAAUUUUCCAACUGCUGUACGUGAUGCUACAUGAUGUCUGUAUUGGAAUAAAUUUGAAAAAGCAAGUUAUUAAGGAUUUUGUUUAAAUGGCAUCAAAAUUCCUUUUUUUUUCACCUUAUUUCUGCAUUUUGAUCAACUACAUUCCAUAACUGAAAGGUAUUGAAAGUGCUAAAACUGGAACAGGACUUGAGGUAGAAGAAUGCUGUUAUAUAUUUUUCCUAACUGCUGUACACGAUGCCUGCUUUGUCUGAAAGUGGAAUAAAGUUGUUAAGGCAAGGGGUUAGCGUUUUUGUUUAAAUAGUAUAAUAUAUAAUAAAUUUCUAUACCACUCA